GGGUUGUAUGGCCGAGGCCCGCAGGAGAAGUUCAAAACAGGCUUCCUGCUUGCCGUAGCUCGAGCAGUCUACGUUGGCAGUAUGGCGUCUUCAGAUGUCCACGUCCGAAUAUGUGAACAAGAAAUACUCAAAUAUGACUUGGAAAUCAAAGCCCUCAUCCAGGACAUUAAUGAGUGCACAGGCCCUCAAAGCCAGCUGACAGAGCUGAACGCAGAUGUGAAAAAGAGUUUCCACAAUCUCAGAUUGCGGAUUCAGGAUUUAGAGCAGAUGGCUAUGGAGCAGGACAAAGAGUCAGACAAGCAAGCUAUGAUCAGUCAGGUAGAGGGACACAAAAAGCAGAUGCUGAGUAACCAGACAGUUUGGAGGAAAGCCAACCUGGCCAGCAAACUGUCCAUAGACAAUAUGGAAAAGCAGGCACUUCUUAACGGAGCAGACAGUACUGUGAGGCAGAGGAAAAUGACCAAAGAGGGCCUGGCUCAGACAACCAGUGACAUUACAGAGAAUCUUAUGAGCAUCAGCCGGAUGAUGGCGCAGCAGGUUCAGCAGAGCGAGGAGACCAUGACGUCACUAGCAACCUCCUCAAGGACAAUCCAAGAGACCAAUGACGAAUUUAAGACCAUGACGGGGACCAUCCAGCUCGGGAGGAAGCUCAUCACCAAGUACAACCGCAGAGAGCUCACAGAUAAACUGCUCAUCUUCCUGGCGCUCGCCCUCUUUCUCGCCACAGUUCUCUACAUCCUUAAGAAGAGACUGUUCCCCUUCCUGUAGACCAGGUACCUUCCAAGGAGCUCUCCCAUUUCCACGUGUAGCGUUUCCCAUGGUCAGCGCAAAUGAUUUAAACAACUCUGAACGCCGCGUGUCAUAUUACACACACAUUACACGAGACUGUCUGCUCAGAGGAAUGUGUUCACGCCGCUGAACUGUGAGGGCGCAAUAUUGUCCACAAAGAGGAAACUAAACCUACACACCUAUAAUUCCAUGCAGGAUUUCAUUUAUUGAAAAGAUUUUGCUUCAUCGUCCAAAGGGAAAAGAGGAUGUUUGAGUUGGUGGCACAAAAUGUGUCAGAUGUCCAUCUUCAGUUAGUGAAUGUAACAUAAUGCUUUACGUUGCUUUUAAUAAUUUUACUUGUGAGAGCAGAUGGACACCCCAUUUUAAUCUUUUCUUUUACACGUUCCUGUGGAGGCUAUCCAGUAUAGUUUUUGUUCACACACACAGACAGUAGUUCUCAGACUCCUAAAAUAGUGGCUCUCAGUUUGCUUCAGAUGUUUCUGUGAGUGUAGAUGCGUAACUAUGAGUGCUGACAGCAGUAAAACUCGCUGUUAAUGUGGGGCACACAGUGGCUUCUUAGAGAUAGAAAAACAAGUCUGUGGAAAAUAAUGUAAACAAAAUUUCAGUGGAGCCUGAUAAUCAAAAAACAAGUGCACUUUUCAUGUCAGUUCAGCACACUUUUGUUGGCAUGCAUUCCGUUAAAAUAAUAUUAUAGUGUAUAGUUAAGCAACAGCGAUAUUAAAUGUCACAAUAUCACGUCUCUAUAACAGAAGUGGGACUCACUGACUGGUGUUUUAACAAUGACCUGAUGACCAUAAAGUCACUGAGAGAGAUAUACAUGUAUGCAUUUUGUGUAAUUAUUAUUUAUAAUGAUGUGCUGUAUAAUUAUUGUAAGGUAUAAUUUAUUACAGCAUUGUAAUGACUGUAUGCUUUUUUGGGGGGGAUAGAAUAUUCCAUAUUGACUUUGACACUAUUCAGCUGCUGUGUUUCACUAGCUGAAUAACCAGAGCAGCUUUUUGUACGCGCACUUCGAAUUGUCUUUAUGUUUUAUUCAGUUAUCGUGCGAACCAGAGAAAAAAAGACUUUUCUCAAAGAAAGAGUGCGCACACUUCCCUCCACCUCUGCCCGUGUCAGCUUGGCUCUGGUCUGCAGCCGAGCAGAAAAGCUCAGAAAAGCAGUGGCAGUGAUCACACUGGCAGAGAUAGAGCAGCAUGCAUCCCUGCCUUUCUUCAGAUAAGACCCGGAAAAGCAGAUUAUUCCUCCCCGUUUCCCUCUCCCUUUCCAGUGUGGGUGGAGGGCGAGGGGGAAUAUUUUUAGGUCUGUGUGGCGCUGUUAUCUGACGUUGCCUUUUCAACACCUCGGAGGAGAGGGUGGCCAGAGGAGCUACAUGACCUUGCUAACCUUUCUGCAAUCACCUGGCAUUGCCAUUUUGUUUAAUGCUUCUAAAUGCUUGUCAGUAUUGAUUAUCAAUAAAUGAAGAG